AUGCUCAUCUAUCAAAACAUCUUCAGCCACUUUCAAUGCAAUCUCGACUCCGUCAUCUCGGCCUCUCGGCAUCAGUACUCCGCCGCCUACGACAAUAUUAUUCCACCAUCGCACCUGACUUCUGCUGCUGCCAUUUCCUACCGCUUUCUCUGUUGUCAGCACAGAAGCGCCUCCAAAACCCCGUGUUAUAAAUUCCCCAAAUACCUGGACAAGCGACCAAAUCCCGUCUUCCGCCGCCGUAUUGAGUUGUACCUUAUUCUUCUUGCUGCUACGAUCACGAUGGCCAAGCCAAGAGUCGAAGGAAAGCGCGUAGCCAACCGAAAGGCUCCAAAUGCUGCAAAAAUGGCAAAGCAGGGCCGUGGGACGCAAGGUGGGGGGAAGCCAAAGCGACCGAGAGGUAGAUCGAAUCGCCUGGAAGCCAUUGAAGGGGCUGCGGACAAGCUAAAGGAUACUAGAGGCAGACCACGCAAACCACGACUUGGAGAAGAGGUGGAGGUGCUGGCGAAACAGCGAACGCAAGCCUCCUCUGAAGCCAAGAACAGCGAUAAAUAG